AUGUCAGUUCAGAAAACAGGAGAAGAUUCAAUUCACCGAAUGACAAAUUUUAUUGCCAUUAUAAAGGCCGUCACAGCACGUUUACCUUCUUCCGAAUCGUACUCGCUUAGUCUCACACCUGGUUGCGGAGCCGCUGUCCUCCACCCUGUUAUCGUAUGGCUUGGUCUCACACCUGGUUGCGGAGCCGCUGCCCUCCACCCUGUUAUCGUAUGGCUUGGUCUCACACUUGGUUGCGAAGCCGCUGUCCUCCACUCUGUUGUCGUAUGGCUUGUUCUCACACCUGGCUGCGAACCUCCUGUUAUCGUAGGCCUUGGCCUCACACCCGGUUCCGGCCAUGAUGUUGUCCUACCUUGUAUCGUAUGGCUUGGGUUCACACCUGGUUGUGGAGCCGCUAUCCUCCUAUCUGGUAUUGUAUGGCUUGGUCUCGCACCUGGCUGUGGAGCUGUUGUUAUCGUAGGCCUUGGCCUCACACCUGGUUGUGGACCUGAUGGUGUCCUACUUGGUAUCAUAGGCCAUGUUAUCACACCCGGAUGCGGAUGUGGUGUUCCCUGA